AUGACUCUGAAAGAGCUGAUUCACCCCGGUGGAGCUGGAGAGAAGAGACUAUGGAGCCAAGGGACCCCCACUUUCUCCAGCCAGCUCCUGCCUGAAGGCAGGGGACUAGCCCCAAAGGUGCUACUUGGGGAGGGACUACUGAUGUCAUUGCCAUGCCGUUUCCUAAUCAGCAACUCUGGGGUGCCAGUUAGAGGAGGUGGAGAGAGCUUGUCACUGAGCUCUUGGGGAGCAGAGGAAGUCCAGUCUGGAACCCCCAAAUCUGAACCCCAAAAGAAAUUAGCUUUUGCCCUGCCUGAGACCAUCACAUUAGAUGCCCGGCUGAACAGCUGUUUCAAGCUACUCAUGGAGCCUCAGACACUGGUGAGGAAGACCUCAAGCAGUUCAUUCCUCCUCUUCUUCAUCCUCCAGGCCUUUAUCAGCUUCUGCCUCCUCUACUUCUGGAACUCCAGGGAUCUCAGUCUGUCGAGGUUCUGUCCCCCUUUGCCACCCCCACCCUCCUCCCCUCCCGGGUCACCCCCGCUCACCAUCUUGCUCUGGACGUGGCCCUUCCACACACCUGUCGCCCUGAGCAACUGCUCCGAGCUCCUCGGAGUCCCCGACUGCCACAUCACGGCCGACAGGGCCUGGUAUCCGCGGGCCGACGCUGUCAUUCUGCACCACCGUGAUAUCAGCUAUGGCACCGGGGCCAUGCCCGCGGGGGCCCGGCCAGUGGGUCAGCGCUGGGUCUGGUUCAACCUGGAGUCACCCAGUAACAGCCCCAACCUGGGCCUCAUGAAUUAUCGCUUCAACCUGACCAUGUCCUACCGGCGCGACUCAGACAUCUUCACACCCUACGGCUGGCUGGAGCCACUGGGGAAGCCGGGUAAUGUGGCGGUACCCCCCAAGACCAAGUUGGUGGCAUGGACUGUGAGCAACUGGAACCCGAAUUCUGUGAGGGUUCACUACUACCAGGAGCUGCAGAAACACCUGCACGUGGACGUAUAUGGGGCCCGGCACCUGGCCCUGCCCCGCGCUCAAUAUCUGCCCAUCCUGUCCCAGUACAAGUUCUACCUGGCAUUCGAGAACUCCCUGCAUGAGGACUACAUCACCGAGAAGCUGUGGUACAACGCUCUAAGCGCCGGGGCAGUGCCAGUGGUCUGCGGGCCCCCCCGGCACAACUACGAGCGUUUCCUGCCACCCGACGCCUUCAUCCACAUCAAUGAUUUCCCCAAUGCCAGUGAGUUGGCCCGCCACCUGCGGGCAAUGGACCGAGAUGAGGUGCGCUACCGGGCUUACUUCCGUUGGCGGGAGCGGUUCCAGGUCGUCAGCAACGUUUCCUGGAACACCCACUUCUGCAAGGCAUGUCGGGCCCUACGAGAGACCAGCACUUACCGGACAGUGCCCAACCUGGCCGGCUGGUUCUCAUCCUCUUCCGGGUGGUAG